AUGGUUUAUGCUCUGAAGAGCAAGUUAUUGAGCAUCUACACCCAUGCCGUGGAGGAGGGUUGGGAUUUUAUUUUUCCAUUCAAGAUCAAGACGCAACUUCAGUCCCAGGCUGCCAAGCAGAUUGCCGUUGGUUAUCAGCAUCAACAUGCCUCGAUGAGCGAUGCGAUUAGGCAGAUUUACCGGAAGAACGGCGUCUUUGGACUCUGGCGGGGAUCAAUGGCAAAUGUGAGCCGGGCUACGGUAGCCUCAGCCGUACAAAUCGGCACUUUUGGCAAGGCCAAGUCUCUUUUGAAGGAAAACGGCGUGGUUACUCACCCCACGAUCCUUUCGUUCUGCUCUGGCUUAGCUGCAGGCUCAUUUAUGUCGGUUGCAAUCACUCCAUUGGAUGUGAUAACCACUCGUCUCUACAAUCAGGGAGUGGAUGCCCAAGGACGUGGGCUUUACUACAAGGGCUGGCUGGACUGCGUUCUUAAGAUUCUACGAUCUGAAGGAGUUCAUGGCUUGUACAAGGGAUUCUUUCCAAUUUAUCUGAGAAGUACUCCGUACUCCAUUUUGGUGCUUUUGUUCUUUGAUGAGCUGAUUGCCCUGCGGGAAAAAUACGAUCUUCACUACUGAAGAAUUAGUUCGUUAGAAGAAAAAGCUCUAUUCUCAUAUCAGAAAUAGAAUGCUUUACUAAAGAUUAGGCUUUGAUUGUUCACUAGA